AUGGUGUUUCCACCGUUUCCGCCAGUGAUUCCAGCAACACACGUCGUGAGCACAUCGGUUUCGCAGCAAAACGAGGGCCGGACACAGAAGGAGCGCUGGGGAGCUGUGAGUGUGUCGGCCAUGAAGAGCGAGGAGUUGCAGAUUCUCCCCGAGCAUCUGGCAGCAGAGGAGCAGUGCACCAAGAACAAGGCAUCACAGGGUUCCACUCGCCUGGAGAGCCGCAAGGGGGCAGAGGUGGAGGCAAAAUUGUCAGAGGCCGCCUGGAUGUUGAAGCAAGAAAGCCGCAGAGUUUUCUCAGAGCUCAUGAGCCUGAAAAAGCGCAAGCAGCAGUUCGAAGAGGGUCAGGUUGCAGCUGCAAGGGCCAUCACGCAAAAGGCAAAUAUCGUGUAUCAGAUGCUGCGCAAAGUGCAUGCCAACUUCCAGCGGGUAUUCAGCGAGAUGGCCCCUGGACUUGUGGGCCUCGGAGAUGUGCUGGGUGAGCACAUCGACAUGUCCAUCGCUGCCCAGGCGGUCCACUCAUCAACUUUCCAAGAGCCAGAGGACAGUGGUGGCCUUGAGCUCGGUGUUUGCCAUCCAAAAGCUUUCGCGUGGUCCCUUCUACUUGCUGGACGAAAUCGACACAGCACUGGACGCCUUCUACCAUACGGUGCUGGCCCACAACGUCGCUCGCACCGCCAUGGCGUGUGA